AUGGACACGACCACUUAUAAAGGACACGACCAGUUAAUCCAACUGUUGAUUAACAAAGGUGCCAUUGUUAACAAGAGUACAAUUGACGGUAGAACUCCACUUCAUAGUGCAGCACAGAGUGGUCAUAAGAAUGCUGCAGAACUCUUGAUAUCAAACAAUGCUGACGUAAAUGCAGUGGAUGAAAAACGAUGGACUCCUUUGAAUUCAGCUGCUUUAAAUGGACACGACCAGUUAAUCCAACUGUUGAUUAACAAAGGUGCCAUUGUUAGCAUAAGUUCAAUUGCCGGUACAACUCCACUUCAUAGCGCAGCACGGAAUGGUCAUAAGAACGUUGCAGAACUCUUGAUAUCAAACAAUGCUGACGUGAAUGCAGUGGGUGAAAACCGAUGGACUCCUUUGAAUUCAGCUGCUUUUAAUGGACACGACCAGUUAAUCCAACUGUUGAUUAACAAAGGUGCCAUUGUUAACAAGAGUACAAUUACCGGUAGAACUCCACUUCAUAGUGCAGCACAGAAUGGUCAUAAGAAUGCUGCAGAACUCUUGAUAUCAAACAAUGCUGACGUGAAUGCAGUGGAUGAAAACCGAUGGACUCCUUUGAAUUCAGCUGCUUUUAAUGGACACGACCAGUUGAUCCAACUGUUGAUUAACAAAGGUGCCAUUGUUAGCAUAAGUUCAAUUGCCGGUACAACUCCACUUCAUAGCGCAGCACGGAAUGGUCAUAAGAACGUUGCAGAACUCUUGAUAUCAAACAAUGCUGACGUGAAUGCAGUGAAUGAUAAACAGUGUACUGCUCUUCAUUUCUCAGCUUAUAAUGGACACGACCAGUUAAUCCAACUGUUGAUUAACAAAGGUGCCAUUGUUAACAAGAGUUCAAUUACUGGUAGAACUCCACUUCAUAGUGCAGCAUGGAAUGGUCAUAAGAACGUUGCAGAACUCUUGAUAUCAAACAAUGCUGACGUGAAUGCAGUGAAUGAAAAACGUUGGACUCCUUUGAAUUUAGCUGCUCAAAAUGGACACGACCAGUUUAUUCAACUGUUGAUUAACAAAGGUGCCAUUGUUAGCAUUAGUUCAAUUGCCGGUACAACUCCACUUCAUAGCGCAGCACGGAAUGGUCAUAAGAACGCAGCAGAACUCUUGAUAUCAAACAAUGUUGACGUGAAUGCAGUGGAUGAAGAACAAUGCACUGCUCUGCAUUUCGCAGCUCAAAAUGGACACGAUCACUUGAUCCAACUGUUGAUUGACAACAGUGCCACUGUUGACAUUUGUUCGAUUACCGGUAGAACUCCGCUUCACUUCGCAGCAUUGAAUGGUCAUAAAAAUGUUGCUGAACUCUUAUUAGCAAACAAUGCUAACGUCCAUGCAACGGAUGAAGCAAAAUUGACGCCUCUACAUUUGGCAACUGAAAAUGGGCACGAUGCGGUAAUAAAUUAUUUAAUCGAUCAUGGAGCGAACGGCAACUCUCGCAUACACACUUAGAAAUAACUAAUGUUACACGUGACAGAAAAGUUCCGAUUACAUACCGGUUGAGUUCCGCUUCAUAGCGGAGCAUGGCAUGGUCAUAAAAAUGUUGCUGAGCUCUUGCUGAUGUGAAGUGAAGGUGGUGGACGAAGAUCAAUGGACUGCACUUCAGUUGCAGCUUGAAAUGGACAUGCUCAGGUUAUCUAACUAUUGAUUAACAAGUUGCCAAACACCAGCACUCCGGAUAUUGAAGGGGACUCUACCUUUUCGAAGCUCUAAAAUUAGCUCGAGUUUUUUUUUUUCUUUUUUUUUCAAGCAACGUGUUUAACGCAUCAUUUCUAUAACGCCUGGCUAGCCUAUCAGUGCGAAAUUGACAUGAAAAAGAACACGCUUAGAACGAAAGCCUGGCUGUACUUUAUCUCGCCUUGCUUUGCAGCAUCGGUUUUCAAGUUGAAACGUAGCCUCACCAUAAUGACUUUCAAUUCCUUUCACCUACACUUUGUCACCUGCUCUCGUCACUUUUUUAAAAUAAACAUUUGGAGGAAAGAUAGUACGUGUAAUCUUCAAAUGUUUACAUGUGCAAAAUGCAUUAAACAUAUAUUAUGAUUUCUGUCAUAUAAGCCGCGCAACUUCGAGAUUGACCGCCUCCAUGACAGGCUAGCUGAUGAAAGUCGAGUGCUCUUUCACUCUUCCGCUUCACCGAAGCUUGAAAGGAACACGAAUGAUGCGAUGGGAGAAAGAAAGAAUAGCGAUAGACAAUUUGUUUAUAGACGUCAACUGAGGUGCUAGAAUGAUGCAAAGCUGCUCGACUGCAACAGACAAAAGAAAACUAGCAGUUUCUUCGUCGUAUGGAUUCUGUCGAUUGAAGUCUGUAUUGUGACGCCCUGGGUAGAAUCAACAAUCAAUACGAAACUAACGAUUUCAAAUUGGCUCACUACUUGACUAGCCUAUUGGUCCCAAGCAAAUCGAUUGACGUACCCCAUUCUAGUCAAAAUUCUAGUACUACACAAUGUUUGUUUUGAUUCGCUAUGAAAGUUUGACAGAUAAAAUGAGGGGUUAGUGGAUUUUCGAGGGGUGAAUCGAUUAGCUUGGGACCGAAGAGAGUACCAGAGCUGAGCCAAAAAGUUGAGCACGUAAUUUCGGGACCUUCUAGUGUUAGAGUUACCUCUAUGGUAGAACUGCGCUUCACAUCUCAGCAUUCAGUGCACAGUAAUAGGAUUUCCAAAUUUCGCGGAAAUCAACUACCGGAUAGAGAAUCACGUUCACUCACAUUCACUUAAUGUUGGCAAAUGAAAUAAAUUAGCUAAAAAAUUUCGAAAAUACAUAAUAGUUAAUUACACCUUAACAGACUGGCAACCUGGGAUUAUCAAGGAAUUUCAAAAGACCUUAAAAACAUGGAAUUAUAAAGAUAUUUUGCCAAAAAUCAGGGAUUUUUUUUUAUAAAGUAUGUUCAGUAGAGUCCCAGAAUCAUGAAAAUGUCUCUAGUCCUGUUGCGAAAAUCUAAUUUUCUGAGCUCUUUGUAGUCUAUCGUCUUAUUUGUGUUGUGACAGCUGAAAGCUAUAAAGUUUACUAUUAUGAGUUUGAAGUUAUUUUAAUUCAAUACAACCUACAUACCAUCGGUCUCAAGCUUCGUAAUUCACAAAUUCAAUAUGUUUAAUAAAUUCAACAUAAUUUUAGGAUUAACGUGUAAUUAGUUUUAACUAAUAUUAUCUAAUUAGGCAUUAUAAAGUAUGGAUUGUAAUUAACUUGUAAAAUUGUGCUUCUAUUCACUUCCUAACACAAUGAUGACAAAUCAAUAACAUGAUGAUGAUCUC